AUUUUGCCUUUAAAUCAUUUGUACAAAUACAAUUUAUUACAAAUACGAUUGAUUGUUAUAAAUCAUUUUGAUUAUUUCAUUUGUUACUUUAAUUCCGAACAACAAAACGAUUGAAUUUUCUUGCAUUCUAAGUGCUUUUAACGUGUUAAAAGGUCGUCAAACUUGCGAAAUGACUUUUGACCUUGAAACUUGUUUGAUCACUGGAAUGUAAUUAAAUCUAGAGAUAAAUUUGUCACCAAAUUUGAGGUAAACCGGUUUUUCGGUUACUUUUCGGUUACCGGUUCGGUUAGUUCAACUCGUUUCCUGUUAACUUUAUAAGCUUUUUUACACCUCAUUUUUAUAACCGUCGUGGCCGAUUAGUAAUGUCUUCGACUCAGAAUAUGAAUGACCCAAUUUUCACUCGUUCUUCAAUCAAAGAGAAAACCUUUGAAGGUAAUUUGAGGUUAUUCUCGGAUAAACUUAGAAUUGCUCUUGUUUAUCAUGAGAAAAAGUCAAAUCAAUUCAGAGGUAAAAGUUGCAAAAUUCUGAAGGAAAAACGUUACCGAGUUUCCUUGUCAACAUUGUGGCGAAAGUUGAAAAUCAAUUUGCAAUUUAAUUUAAACUUAGGAUUAGGGUUGAGCUUUGACAACCAGGAAUCACCUCCUGACACCGAAUCGACUCUCGUCAUUAACCAUAGAGAUUCGGACCUGGAGAUGUAAGCAAAUGGACUCAAAAUAAUCUCGCUGAGAUUAUUUUGUCAACCAGGUCAUUGUAAAUUCUUUCGUGUAAAUUUAACGGCAAAUUUUAACUUAAAUAAAAAAACGCGUUUUUUUGCCUGACCAAUAGACCGGUCAAAGGCUAAUGUUCAAUGGUUGGUACUUUCAUUGUAUGAAUCGAUAAUAAUUUGAACUUGAAUACUGA